AUGCUUGAUACCAAUCUAUACCGAAACAAUCCAGAGAUCAUCCGAGAGUCUCAGCUCCGGAGAUUUGCUAGUGUAGAAGUUGUUGAUGAGAUAAUCUUGCUCGACCAAGUAUGGCGUAAGCGGAAAUAUGAAUAUGAUCGUGUCCGAACAGAGUUCAACAAGCUUAACAAGGCAGUGGCCAAGCUCAAAAUUUCUGAUGUGGAUGCGACUGAGCAGAUUCAGCAAGUAGAGAUUAUCAAACAAGAAUCUACCAAGUGUGAGGCUAUAGUUCGUGAAGCUUAUGCUUCUUUGGAAGCUAAAUUGAAGACACUAGGAAACCUCGUACAUGACUCGGUUCCAAUUAGUAACGAUGAGGAACAUAAUCUCUUGAUUAACGUCUCGGGUGAAAGGAGGUUUGCUUCGCCUGGCGAGGAGCUAAAACACCAUGUGGAUCUCGUUGAGCUUCUCGAUAUUGUAGAUGCCAAAAGAGGUGCUAAAAUUUCUGGAGGAAGAGGAUUUGUACUAAAAGGAUUUGGUGUGCUCCUUAACCAAGCUCUUAUCAACUAUUCUUUAACUACCUUAACAAAGAAAGGUUUCACACCUAUACAACCUAAUUGUCUCAUGAUGAAGGAGGUCAUGGCCAAGUGUGCACAAUUGUCACAGUUUGAUGAAGCACUCUACAAGGUGACUGGUGAUGGAGAUGAUGACAAAUACCUUAUUGCAACUUCUGAGCAACCUCUUUGUGCUUGCCAUCAAGAUGAAUGGAUUCAUCGAACCGAGCUUCCUAUAAGAUAUGCUGGUUACUCGACCUGCUUUAGAAAAGAAGCUAGUUCACAUGGAAGAGAUACGCUUGGCAUUUUCCGUGUUCACCAGUUUGAGAAGGUUGAACAGUUUUGCAUCACGGGUCCUGAUGAUUCGUGGGAAAUGCUCGACGAGAUGUUGAAGAACUCUGAAGAGUUCUACCAAUCGCUUAAAAUUCCAUAUCGAGUCGUGUCCGUGGUCUCUGGAGCUUUGAACGAUGCAGCUGCAAAAAAGUAUGACUUGGAAGGCUGGUUUCCUUCGUCAGGGACUUAUAGGGAGCUUGUGUCCUGUUCUAACUGUACAGAGUAUCAGUCACGAAGGCUUAACAUCAGAUACGGUUAUAAAAAGAGCAAUGAGGAGACAAAGCAGUAUGUGCAUAUGCUGAAUUCGACUCUUUGCGCGACAGAGAGGACCAUUUGCUGUAUUCUUGAGAACUACCAGCGAGAGGAUGGUGUGGACGUCCCUGAGGUUCUGCAACCAUUCAUGGGGGGAGUGACGUUUUUGCCUUUCAAGACUAAGGCCGCCAAGUUGUGUAAGACCAAAGGCAAACAAAUCUAA